AUGGCCGUGACAGGCUGGUAUAAUGAUAAAGAAGGGAAAUGGAGGGUUGAUAUCUUGAGUCAGCAUCAGGAAUGUGGGAAUCCCUCCGAAGUGAAAAGGUUGAAAGCUCAACAUUUCGAUCAAGAUAACAUAGUUCUCAAAGAAAGUUUCACACCUAGAUUAUUAGGUAAUAUGCAACCUUCAAGAGCGUUUGGUGAUGAUGCUUUGAAAUUGACCAAAGCAGACAAGCAAUCUAUUGAACUAGCAGGUCAAGUGAAGUUCGUGGGCGAAGAAUCACCAUUCACCAAAAAGACUGUGCCAUACAUUGAUCCACCUUUUAUGGAUGCUGAACCUGAAAUCACCAUCAGAAAGUUACGUGGGAAUGAUAAUGAAAAAUUGAAAUUCUUGGUUAUUGCCACUGAUGGAUUAUGGGACAGAAUAUGUUCCGAAGAGGUGAUCCUCCUCUUAUCAGCGCAUUCAACUCAUCCCAAACACCCUCCCAUUCCUAAAAAGGCUUACCUAUCCACUUUCCCCAAUUCGAACCUGAAUUCCAGGGGUCGAUGGUUGUUCGAAGAUAAAAACAGCGCCGCCCACUUGAUGAGAAAUGGACUAGAUGGAGAUGGCGACAAGAAAGUUCAAGAGAUGAUUUUGAGUUUGGGAGGAGGGGCAGCUAGGAGUGUAAGGGAUGAUACGAGUGUUAUGUGA